AUGCAAAUAAAUUUUUGCACUCCUUAAUACUUCUUUAACAUCUCUCAAAAAUAUCCAUUUAUAGUUUAUGAUUUAAGAGAACAUUAACAUGGUUUUUUGAAAAAUAGUAUUCAUGUUACUAAUAUACAUCAGGUGGAGACUGUUGAUGAUGUAUAAAAACAUUUUUAGUAUCCUGAAUAAUAAUCUGAAAAGAAGAAAUUGGAAAAGCUAUUUCAAACUAGAAAGAGAAAUUACAAUUUCUUUGUUCCAUUUGAUACUUCUGAUAUGUUCAGUUUAUUACUAAAGGAUUAAGUAAAAGGAGAAGGAUCAGAUAUUUCUGAUUAGUUUAGUAUUCCUUUAGAAACAGUAACAAAGUGGUGCCAUGAGAUUUCAAAGAAAUUGCCAUACUAAAAGAAACAUAAAAUUAGAAGCAGAGCAAAUACUAUGAUUAUGUAAGAUGAUGAUGAUGAAUUAGUUGAUACGGAUUCCUAAUAAAUAAUACUCCAUUUCAAUAAACAUCAGACAAUAGCAUCUAGCAAGAAAGUCAUAGAAUUAUAAGGUAUUAUUAUUAAUAUAUAUUUAAAAGAGAUAACAAUAUCUAAUGGUCCAAAAAUUAAAUAACGAUCUGCUAGUCAACCAAAAUUUAUUGGACAUGGAGAAGGCAGUUUAUAUAUGAAUUCAGAAUUAUUUGGAACUACUUUAAAGAUUUAUGAUAUUUAUCAUAAAGAUAAAGUUAGAUAGUUAUUUAUAUUAUUGGAUCCAAUAUAGAUUGUUUUUGGAAAUCAUUCAUUUUUAAAUUAUGAGAUAACAAAAAAUAGAGGAUUUUUAGAUAAAACAUUUCCAAAUGAAAUAAUAGAGAAUAAAUUAUAUUUAGGAGGAGGUGAUCAUGCUUAAGAUACAGAGAUGUUAGUAGAUAUUUUAGGGAUAACACAUGUUGUAAAUGCAACUAUUGAGAUUAAGAAUUAUUGUGAUUAAUGUAAUAAUAAGUAUAUAUUUAUAUUAGUAAAAUAUUUAAACAUUAAAAUAUAUGAUGAACCUCAUAUUGAAGUGAAAUAGUAUUUUGAAGAUGUAUAUUAAUUUAUUGAAAAUGCAUUAUUGAUGGAGAAUGGGAAAGUAAUAAUCGAAAUAGUAAUUUAAAUAGGUAUUUGUGCAUUGUGCUUAAGGAAAGUCAAGAUCAGCAUGUUUUAUAGUGAUGUAUUUAAUGAGGAAGUUUAAUUGGGGAUUUGAGAAAGCAUAUGAAUUUGUAAAGGAAUGUAGAGAAGUGGUUUGUAUAAAUGAAGGAUUCAUUAAUUAGUUAAUUGAAUUGAAUUGA